AUGGAAGCCAUGGCCCAUUCCACUCUGACCAGGAACUCUGGGAAUGCCUUUACCCUACCAUAUAACAAUCUCUCUCAUUACAUCUUCGAGAACCUGAAAACCCAGUUUCCGAAAUGUAAUGUCAUGGUUCGAGAUGGACAGGUAGUUGGUAUACUUGACUGGGAGUAUGCUGCUUAUCUGUCCGUGUGGUAUGAGUACAUCUCGGCGUCGUUGGCGUUCACGGAAGCGGAUAUAGACUGGAAGAAGGUGUUAGGGAGCUUUUGGUAUCCUAAUUUGGACGAGAAAGGGAAGAAGCUUUUGAGAGGAUAUCUUCGUUAUAGUAUCUCAGAUUAUGAGGAUAGCUGGUACCUACCUAGGUAG